UCCUCCUCCGCCCUCCUCGCUCGCACUGACUUCCCCCUCCCACCCGCUGCCGAGUCCUCUCUCCUCCCUACGGGGGUAGGUGUAUCAGCUCCUGCGCUGCCAUUUCCCAGCGCUCUCCUCCUCCUCCUCCCGGUGUGGUGCUGCUGCCUCGUCCCCUCACUCCUGUCACCCGAUGGGCUUGUCCCCUCUCCGUAGCCUGUCCGCCAGCGAGCUCUCCUGAGAGCAGCCUUCCGUCCCCGGGCACCAUGAGGCCGCUCUUCCGGAGGCUCCUGCGGGUCUCUAACCGAUCCAUCUUCGCCUUCAUCGUCUUCUUCUCGCUGUCUUCGUCUUGCCUCUACUUCGUCUAUGUGGCCCCUGGCAUAGCAAACACCUACCUCUUCAUGGUGCAAGCACAAGGCAUAAUGCUAAGAGACAACGUUCGAACCAUUGGGCAUAUGCUUAGACAGUAUACCAAUAAAAAUGGUACACUCAAUGGAACAGAUUACCCAGAUGGUACAAAUUCUACAGAUUUCACUGCGCAGUCAAUGAUGUAUCUGCCUGAAAACUUCACUUUCUCUCCACACAACCUCUGUCCAGAAAAGCUGCCUUUUAUGCACGGGCGUACAGACAUUAACAUGAGCGAGAUCACAUUAGAAGAAAUUCACCAGCUAUUUUCUAAUAUGGAUAUUGGGCCUGGAGGACAUUGGAAACCUACAGACUGCACUCCUCGCUGGAAGGUAGCAAUCCUUAUUCCAUUCCGAAACCGCCAUGAACAUUUACCUGUCUUCUUCAGGCAUCUUAUACCUAUGCUCCAGAGACAACGUUUAGAGUUUUCCUUCUAUGUAAUUGAACAGGCUGGAACUCAGACAUUCAAUCGAGCAAUGCUGUUUAAUGUUGGUUUUAAAGAAGCCAUGAAGGACCGGAAAUGGGAUUGUGUAGUUUUCCACGAUGUGGAUCUCAUUCCUGAAAAUGAUAGAAAUUAUUAUGGAUGUGGAGAGAUGCCACGUCAUUUUGCUACAAAACUUGACAAAUACAUGUACAUUCUACCAUACAAUGAGUGCUUUGGAGGGGUGAGUGGUUUGACUGUGGAACAGUUUAGAAAGAUCAAUGGAUUUCCUAAUGCGUUCUGGGGAUGGGGCGGUGAGGAUGAUGACUUGUGGAACAGGGUGCAUUAUGCUGGAUUUAAUGUAUCUAGACCAGAAGGAGACCUCGGGAAAUACAAGUCCAUUCCUCAUCACCACAGGGGAGAGGUCCAGUUCUUAGGCCGGUACAAGUUGUUACGAUACUCUAAAGAACGUCAGUAUCUUGAUGGAUUGAAUAAUUUGAUAUACGCUCCAAAUAUCAUCAUAGACAAGUUGUAUAAAAACAUCACUGUAAAUCUAGUGCCAGAGCUGGCUCCAGUAAAGGACUAUUAAUGGGAGCCUCGCUGACAUAAAACCAAUGUGAUGCCUACUGGAUCAGGAACGGAAGUAAUGGACCACCUCCAAUGUGAUACUAGUGACUGAUAUCAAAUUCCAGUUCUCUGAAUGUGUGACCAUGCAUUACGUCUGAAGCCAGCAGCUGCUAUAUAUCAGUGUUUACAGCAGAAGACUGCUCAUACUGCAAGCCUUGUCUCACCAAAUGCUAGACUUUUCCAUCUCUCACUCCACUCUGCCGUGAUUUUCUUUUCCAAGAACAGAAUUUAUUAUCAUUUUUGCACCAAUCUACAGCUGCUUAAGUUAAAUGUGCUCUUUGACCCUGUCUAAAAAAAAAAAAAAAAGGAAAAUUAGGCCUUUUUAUUAUUAUUUUUGUAUUCAGCAGGUGUACAUGUUUAUGUAUAUAUUAGUUUGAUUUUUGUAAAUACAUUGGUUAUAUUUGUGUGUAUAUAUGUGUACUUACAUUCAUGUAUGCACACACGGAUUGAUGUAAAGUUCCUCCCAGCGAUUUUUAAUGACCCCUGUUUUACACCUUGCAUGUCUUUAUGCUAUAACUGUAUUUUUUUUAAUACAGCAUUGUCUUCAUUUGCAUGAAAAAAAGGAACAUGUACAUAUUAGAAUUUUAAAAAAAUGUUUACGCUUUAUGUAAAAUGAAGGAAAUGUUUAUAAUUAACGGCCAGCUAUGACUGUAAACUGUUAUAAAGGUUUGUGAGCUUAAGGCCUUAUUGAAUAGUCUGUUAGGGGUUCAUUUCUUAAUUGUCAUCUCUUCAGUUGAACGACAAAGGGUCCUGUAAUAAAUUGAUCAAAUACAGCCGCAGCCACAGUGCUACAGAAUGUACAGCUAGUCCCCAUAUCAUUUAUAAUAUUAUGAUUUAUUCUAUGGCAUCUGUAUUGUAAAUUGUAUCUAAAAAAAAAAGGUACAUAUCAUUAUAUACAUACAGGUUGUAAAAAAAAAAAAAUUGUGCCAACUUUGUUAAAUGUCAGGGAGUUGAUGCCAAGAAUACAUUUUGUUUUGUGUUUUUGUUUUUACAUUGCUAAUUUAUUUUUAAGGUUUUUUUUAUACUGUAUAUUUUUAUUUUCAGCACAUUACUUCUUGUGAAAUUCAGAAUGAGCCAAAAAAUAUGUUCUUGUAUUACAUAUUAUAUUGGUGAUGUUUUUCUAAGAGUACAAUAUAAUUCACAUUGCUUCAGAGAAUAUAUUACGUACUUUAUUCUCCAUUUUCGGAGGUAAAUAAGUUUGGUGUAUUUGCUAUGUCUUUUUAUGUUACAAGUUCUAAAAUGUAAACCUGUGUUCAACAUUUGAUACUUUGUGCUGAAGAAUGCAAAACAAAUUGCUUUGGUGUUGAGAAGCACUUCAUUCAUCACACUUCCAUGAACAUUUAUGAAUACUGAUGUGCAGGAAAAAGGUUCUGUAACCAAUCAGGUUAGGGCAAGGUACAUAAGGUGUGAUGCAGGAAUAUUCUGCUGCAAGGGGACUUGGCAGCAGUCGCACUUACCUAGCCUAAGAGGGCAUCCAGGGUAGGAACGCUGCUAUUCUAACUGCACCCUCUUUGGCCAGAAACACCAUGCUAUUACAGGCUUGUCCAAUCAAUGACAAUAAAUAUUGAGAAGCAACUAGGGCUUUCCACCUGCUGUAACACCUCUCUAUAAUCAACUAUACAUUGAACAUAGGGUUGAAUAAAUUGCUUCAGUUACUUACUGUCCAUUGCCCCAUUCCGUGUGGACAUUCUCAUAGGGCAUAACUAGGGACUACAAUUUAGAUGUUUAAUCUGUGUUUAGCAAGCAUCUGAAUGCAGCUCAGCCUUAUUGCACCAUCAACACUAAUAAAAUACUGUUCUAGACUAGUAUAGUUUGCAAAAUGAAAGCAAAUAAUCUCUCUACGUACAUAAGGUCUGUGUGAACAACCAGUUUUCAUAAAUGUGCCCAUGCAGGAAUGUUAGGAGAUUUAGCUUAGUUUACAUAUGGUAUACAAUGGAUGCAAUGCUUCAUUCUAGCAAUCAGAAAAGCUUUACAGUUCAGCAUUAUCCACCCUUGUGAAUUUUAGAGAUUUUUUUUUAUAUUCUUUAUAGUUCCUGUUAAAUGUAGGGUCAUUUCCAACAUCAAAUUAAUAUAAAGUAUUCUGAAAAUAAUAUACAGAUCAGGAAGCCUACUUUUGUAGUAUAUAAACGACACCACUACCAUGUGUUAUAGACCAGACCUGGACAACCUGUGGCUUUCCAGCUUUUGUGAAACUACACAUCCCAGCAUGCCCUGCCACAGUUUUUGCAUUCCCUAAUAGUAAAAUUGUGAGAGGGAUGUUGAGACUUUUAGUUUCACAACAGCUGGUGAGGCCCAGGUUGACUGGGCCUGGUAUACAUUCUACCUGCUAAAUGUGUAGCCAUUAAAGGUUAUCCUUUUGGCUCGUACGUAGUACAUCUCUCUCCCUUCUGUUAAUAUUCCUAUAGUACAAACAGUAGAACAGGAAAAAAAAGUACUAUAUAGUAUAGCAAAAGCAAAGCUUUUUAAUUUUUUAAAAUUGAACCUUCAUUAAAACAUUCAUGGUGCUCAUCUGGAAUCAGUAAGGAGUUGACUGGACAUACUGCCCUUUCCAACAAGGUAACUCCAUCCACAAGAUGCCACUCUGUUCAAGUAAUGUCCUUACUGAACUUAUACAGCGACCUUAUAUGUUUCAUCUUUUCAAGACUACUGUACAUCUGUGGUCUUAAACCUACUUCCCAUUUCUCACGGUAAUUUAGUGAAGCACUUAAUUAGCAUUGUUUUAUACAAUAUAAGCGGUGACAAUUGGAAAAUCAUUCUUAACAAGUCUUUGACACUUUGUAAUUCUGUACAGGACCAUUUUAAUGGCAACUUGUGGUUGGAGUCAUUGUGGGGUAAAGGUCAUCCUAUCUGUGUCAUAGCACUUGGUGGUGGUGUGGUUCACUAUGCUGUGCUUGCUGGCAAAAAAGUUACUUCAGAGGAGGCUGCCAUCUUGAAUCCCAUGAGAGAGCUCUGUAUGACUGACAUGGUGCAAUUUUCACCAAGAUACACUAAGAUUUGUUUUAUAUACUUUUUUUGUUAUGGGGUGGGGGGGGGGGGAGGGUUGCCUUAGUACACUUUCUAUAUUAAGUUAAAGUACUGUACCUUUUUGAAGGCUUAAGUUUACUAAAACUGGCUUGAUACAUCAACUCAUUCAAUUGUUUAAGUACUGUAUAUCGAACAAUAUGCAUUUUUAAUGAUCUGUCGAGAAAGGUAGGAAAGGAACGAAAUAUAUGCUUUUACUCACAUUUAUAUAAUGUACCAAAAUAUCAACAAGCCCAUGUCACUUGUGAUGUGCAGGCAGCCAUUUUAUGUGCUCACCAAUUUAUAGAAUAUGACUGGUUACUAUUGACGCGAUAUGCCACAGUGGCUGCUUUCACUGUUCACAGGAGCACUCUCAUAUCUGCAACCUUUUCUCUACAUUUUGUAAAGAAAACCUCUAGACACAGUCCUCAAGACACUUAACUGCUAAUUAAACAUUGAGUGCAUUCUUCUCUCAAAGGAGAAACAAAAUCUAGGCCAUGUUUACUGUGCCUUGUUUAUUAAUUAAUUUGGAUAGUAUUGAAAUACUGUAUGGGAUCUUGUGAAGUGUGACAUUUUGUAAUAUAAAGGCAUGAAGACUAUAUUAUUUAAGUUAAGUGCUUUAUUUAUUAAAUAGGCUAACGGUUAUGCAGUCUUGGAAGAGAAUGUUGCUCUUCAGUACAAUAGCAAUAAUGUCUAUGAACUGGGACGCUUACACUAUUUAAUUUGUAGUAGACUGAAUAUGAACAAAAGUACUUUUCUUUGCAUUGCAUGUCUCAAUAAAGGUCAUCCUAUUUUGCAGUUAUUCCACCUUGGUUACAUAAUAAACUUGAAAUAAAAUCAAA